CCUUUACUCAUCUUAAAUAAAAGAUCAUGGCUAUCCGUAUGCCUCGUAUUAUCAAGAAGUCUUCUACAACUGGAGAUGUUCCCAAGGGAUAUUUUGCUGUUUAUGUUGGGGAGAAGCAGAAGAAGAGAUUUGUGAUUCCCAUAUCAUUCUUAAGUCAACCGACAUUUCAAGAUUUGCUUGGUCAAGCUGAGGAAGAAUUUGGCUUCGAUCAUCCAAUGGGCGGUGUCAUAAUUCCCUGCUCAGAUGACAUUUUCAUUGGCAUCACUUCUCAGUUUAGGAUAUAAGAAUAUAAUUGAGAAUCAUCUUUUCGUUUAUAGGUCUCACAAUUUUGUAUACGAAAGCAGGAGAUCUUUUUUGUACAGUUGAUUAGUUAUUAAAAGUUAAGUGAUGAGGCUUAGCACAAAAAAAAUGGUGCUUUUUUAC